AUGAAAGAAAUACUUUCAACCUUUCUACCUUCCGUUGAAGAAAUAGUUGAAGGUAUAGAAAGUAAAUUUACAAAAAGAUUCAUAGAUCCAAAUCAAGUUGGAGGUACAGUUGGAGAUACAGUUGAAAAUGGUGUUGAUAAAGCAAAAGAGUUUGGUUCAAAUGCAGGAGAUACAGUAUCAAAUACAGCAGGAGAUGUCAUUAACAAAAUAAAUGAACUAUCACCAACAAUGCUGGAUAUCAUAGCAUUAUUGUUCCUUUCUACAUUCUUUGUUGCACUUUCUUUAACCUUUGAUAUGUUAUUAUUUGUGUGGGUGUUCAAAGCCGUUGCAUUAAUACCUGGUCUUGGUCAACAAAAAACUGGAUCUGGAAUUCAUUUAGCUGCUUGGAGCUUAAUUUUUUUAACAGUAGCUACAAUAUUGAUGAUGAUUGGUGUGUGUAACAAAAUGUGUAUUAGUGGCAUUGUCAAAAAACUUAGGAGAAACAAAUUAUCACCAAGUGAUGAAAAAAAUCAAACAUUAACUAAAAUCACAUAUGUUCAAGGAAUGAAUGUAUUAGCAGCACCUUUCUUAUUUGUGAUGCCAGAAUUAGAUGCAUUUUAUUCAUUUUCAGCGUUUAUUCAACAUUUUUGUCCAUUAUAUGUCACACCUAAUUUAGAAGGUUUGUUGGAUAAAUGCCUAGAAAUUAUUGAUUCAAAUUUAUUCAUUUAUUUAAAAUCGAAAAAUCUUACGGCUGAAAUUUAUGCAUUUCCAUCUGUUCUUACGUUCUGUGCAUGUACACCACCACUUGAUCAAGUAUUGAAACUUUGGGAUUUUUUAUUUGCUUAUGGGGUACACUUGAAUAUUUUAUAUUCUAUAAAUGCAUUGCGAUUAUUGUUACUUUUUGGUGGAUAA